CGAGAUUCUUUGAUAUUGAUAUUGAUACUGCUCGGCCAGAUCAAAGAAAACACCACGAUUGGUUUGAUCAAAAUAUUCAGAAAAUCUACGUACUCCUCUCUGGGAAACGUGCAAAUUCAAAAGUGUCACAAGUCACUGUCGCUCACAUUGAACGCGACCUACAGGAGAUCCUGAACACCUUCGCAGAUGCAGAUGCACACUUCGGUCUUGAGGGGCCUUACUGUGUGAUCAAGGGCGCACUGGUGGAUCAAGGCCGUACUGGUGAUCAAGGGCCGUACUGGUUUGAUCAAGGGCCGUACUGGUUUGAUCAAGGCCGUACUGGUUUGAUCAAGGGCCGUACUGGUGAUCAAGGGCUACUGUCCAGACUACACCAGUACCUACCAACAGUCCAGACUACACCAGUACCUACCAACAGUCCAGACUACACAGGUCCUACCAACAGUCGGGCUAGACCAGUGCCUGCAACAGUCCAGACUAGACCGGUACCUGCCGACAGUCCAGACUACGCCAGUACCUACCAACAGUCCAGGCUAGACCAGUACCUGCCAACAGUCCAGACCACCAGUACCUGCCGACGGUCCAGACUACACCAGUACCUGCCGACAGUCCAGACUAGACCAGUACCACCAACAGUCAGACUGAACCAGUACCUGCCAACGUCCAGACUGGAGCCAGUACCUGCCGACAGUCAGACUACACCAGUACCUACCAACAGUCAGGCCAGACCGAGUACCUGCCAACAGUCCAGACUACACCAGUACCUGCCGACAGUCAGGCUCACCAGUAGCUGCCAACAGUCCAGACUACACCAGUACCUACCAACAGUCCAGACUACACCAGUAGCUGCCAACAGUCCAGACUACCAGUACCUGCCGACAGUCCAGACUACACAAGUAGCUGCCAACAGUCCAGACCACCAGUACCUGCCGACAGUCGGAGCUACACCAGUACCUGCCGACAGUCCAGACUACACCAGUACCUGCCAACAGUCCAGAACUACACAGUACCUGCCGACAGUCCAGACCACGGUACCCACCGACGGUCCAGACUACACCAGUACCUGCCAACAGUCCAGACUACACCGGUACCUACCAACAGUCAGACUACACCAGUACCUACCAACAGUCCAACUACACCAGUACCUGCCGACAGUCCAGACUAGACCAGGUACCGACAGUCCAGACUACACCAGUACCUACCAACAGUCCAGACUACACAGUACCUACCAACAGUCAGACUACACCAGUACUGCGGCGGUCAGACUACACCAGUACCUACCAACAGUCCAGACUAGACCAGUACCUGCCGACAGUCCAGACUACACCGAGUACCUGCCGACGGUCCAGACUACCAGUAGCUGCAACAGUCCAGACUACACCAGUACCUGCCGACAGUCCAGACUACAGUACCUGCCGACAGUCCAGACUACACCAGUACCUACCAACAGCGUGUGA